AUGGCAAAUUCAGUUCCGGAACGCCAUGAAAGAGGAAGCGAAAUAAUACGAAGUGAUAGACUUGGCAACUUGUCAGAUGAUUUGCUUCGACAUAUUCUCUCUUUUCUUCCAACCAACGACGUCAUUGCCACAAGCCUCUUGUCCAGGAGGUGGAUAUUACUGUGGAUUGGAUUGCCCAUUCUUCACUUCGAUGAUUCAAGCUUUCGUUCUCCUGAAUCCUUCUUCCAGUUUGUGGAAUCUGCGUUAAACUUCUUGCCAAAUUUCAACCACAUCCAGAUCUGUCGUCUCAAAGGUAGGGGAGCAAAUUUUGGCCUUGGUCCUGAUAAGAUUAUAAGUUGGGUUAAAGAAGUGAUUAAUAAGCUUAAUGAGCUCCAAGUUGAUGAACUUGAGCUUUGUUUUACAUCUUGGUCUGGUAUUAGUUUGCCCUCUACCAUUUUCAAUUGCAGUACACUGAAGGUUUUAAAGUUGAAAGAUGUAAAAGUGAAUACUCUUUCUUCUGUGAAUUUGCCUUCUCUUAAGGUUUUGCAUUUGGAAAGUGUUAUUUUCCUGGAAUUUCACUGUUGG